GAUCUCUCUUCUCGAUGACGCGACCCAGCGGCCAGGGUUUCGAAAGAGCAAAUAGUCCAAAACCUUCAUAUCUCGAUCCAAGUCCGGCCCAAGGAAAUCGUGGCCGGGGCUGUUCAACACGAUACUUCGCGAAAUGGUUGAAAUCAUCAAGAGUUGAUGAUGGGGAUUCUCUUCUCGCGUAUAUUUAUCACCCCCAUCGACUUUGUGGGGGUCGUUACUGGUUGGGGGUCUUGAAAUGGAGAAUGGGGUGAGAAGAUGGUUGGUCAACGUCUCGCAGUGGAAUCCUUCUGAGGCUCAGUUUGCAUCCGUUAUUUCUCUCUUUCCGGUGGAUGAGCAGACAGCCAUCACCAGGUCACUUUUGAUUUAUUCUUAUGAUAUUAUUACUGCCCUUUCGCAGGUCUUGUUGUUCGUCAGAAUAGAUUAAGGGAGCUUUUUUUCGAUUAAGAUGAUAGCUUUCGAGUAAAAGAUGGGUCUUGAAUUGUCUGCGAUGAUCGUCUGGGAAAUUGUUCGAAAUUAUCUUUUUUUUAUAGGAUUGAGCCUGCAAUAAAUAAGCACAUGAACAUUGGGAGUCAUUCCAAUGUUCCCGAAGCAAAAGAUAAGUACUUUUGUUCCCGAAGCAAAAGGGUUGUUUUACCUUGGGAUUCAUUCCAAUCUGAUAUGCAUUCGCUUCUCUUGAGCAUUGACACCUGGAAAUUAUUGUGAAUAUGAAGUCGAAGGACAGUAUUCACAUAGACGUGUAUGAUGUGCAUGCUCAAAUCUAAUUUACCUCCUUUUCAUUUAUGGAUUUCGAUCUUGAAUAUCUUGAACAUUUAACAAGGGGAAGCAAAAAGAGGAGCUUCAAAUAUUUUUUGCUUAACUUUUGCCCUCUUUUCAUGCCUUUUCUGUGUGCACUUGUUGCCCAUAACCUGCUGCCUAAUUCCUGACUGCAUUAUCCUUCCAGUUUUGGUGGACUUUGUGCAUUUAAGGAUGUCACUGCUGCUACAGAAUGUCAUCCUAUUCCACACCUUAAACAAAAACAUGCCCGAAAAAAUAAUUUAUCAUCUCUUAUGAGAUGUAAAGGGUAAACUUUAGAAGGACUUGGUCAUUGUGCCACAUAGUUCCCAUUUUGAUUUAAAGUAGGUUUUGCCAUAUCAUUAUCUUAGCUUGUUUGACGGUUCAGUCCAACAUAUCAUUCAUAAAGGGUUAAUGUGGUUCAUCAAGCUGUGGCUGCUGGAUACUACCUACAUGGAUGGAUAAAAGGAAGUACUUGUUUCUGCAAUGUGUUUGGUUUUUUGCUUUUCAGUUUCAAUGACUUAGUCACUUGCUUAUGUUAUUUAUCCUCUUUGAGUUUUUUCCGUAAACAUCCACUAGUGUCUAACUAUCUAUUUGUGUUCCUACUAGAUAUAUCUGUAUGUAUGAUGACAAGCUGAUCAAGUUUUGAGUUGUGUAUAUUAAUCAGCAUGCACCGUUCCACAAAGUUGGACCGGUCGAUCUUCUUACAUCAAACUUGCAUAUAGAUAGGUACAUAAAGUUCGAGGACAAGAAACGGGCACUUGUCAGUCGAUUACUUCAGUACUCACUUGUGCAUGAAGUUUUGGGUAUACCUUUUGACAAGAUUAUCAUUCACCGCACAGCUGAGGGAAAACCAUAUCUGGUAUGAUUGUUGUUCUGUUUAGUCAUCAUUUUCAUUGGUCCAGAUCUGCUUUCUAUGUAUCUGUAGAUUUAAAUCAAUCGUCACCUAUGUAUGAAAUAUUGGCUCCUAAUUUGGAUCAAGAGUAGGAAAUGUGCAGCAUAUGGUUGCAAAGUUGAAAGCUUGUUGCGAGAAAAAUAGUAUAGAUUUUCCAUUUUCAAAUUUCAACUUCAAUGUAUCACAUCAUGGAGAUUAUGUGGGCAUAGCAUCUGAGCCGCUGUGCCUUGUUGGUUUGGAUAUUGUUUCCAUUACAACCCCCAAGCAAGAAACAGAACUUGAGUUCAUCAAUAAUUUUUCGCCAUAUUUAACUGUUUUAGAGUGGAAGAACAUUGCGCAUGCUGGUAGUUCAGAAGAAAUGUUGGCUGAAUUCUACAGAUACUGGUGUCUGAAGGAGGCAUUUGUGAAAGCUAUUGGUGCUGGGUUGGGCUAUGGCUUGGGCAGAUUAGAAUUUCACCAUACAAACUGGACUGGCAUAUCUGCUUAUAUUGAUGGAGUUGAAUCAAAGAAAUGGAGGUUUUCACUUUCCAAGCUUGACGAAAAACAUUGGGUGUCUAUAGCAAGAGGACUUCCAAAUAAAGCUGAUGAACUGUGUUGCAGCAAUUUGUCGCUUCCAGAGCUUGGAUUCACCUUCCGCACCUUGGAAGAACUCAUUUCAAAUGUUAAUUGAGGGAGCCUGAUAUUUACAUGAGGGUUUAGUCAAUUAGUAGUUCUUUAGCGGUCUGAUCGAGAUUCCAUUCAGUUGUCACAAGCAAGAUUUGUAGAACUAAUCUGAAUCUUUACUCUUUAUGUAUGAUAGCACCAUUGUCAUGCAUUUGCCCCUACUUUCAUGGCAGAUGACAAUUUAUGUAUGGAUAUUGUUAUACUCUCACAUAUCACUUAAUAUUCAAAGUUUUAUUUCAUUCAA